AUGUUCACUUUCCCAUUGCCACGAACUACAAAAUCCAGAUGUCCUUCCCAUUCUAUACAUCGUACGACUAACAAUAAUCUCCGUUUAUAUCUGAUCUUUACCCGAAAAUCUCCAUAUCCGCUUUCCUCUCACCGCAACCCUUAUCAUUUCCACAUCCCUUUCCAUCUUCCUUACCGAUCCCUAUGCUUCUUCCAUGUUCCACUCAGACACCAGUCAACAGCAACACAUUCUAAUCUUCUUGAUAAUCCUCCUGAUCUGCCUUCAUUUCCCUCUUCCAAUGAAUUUAAGCCGUUAAUUCUUCCCCAGACUCGACUUGGCAUGAAAGGACCAGGCACCAUGCAACAAUCAGUCUUUUCGGAACAAUUGGCAAUAAUGUACGCCUGUUUGAAGACACGACAUAUAGGCCGUGCUGAAAAAAUAUUGGAGCGAUUGGAGAAGAAUAGUACACCAGAAAUGCGUAAGGCUUUAGAUAUAAGAGUGUAUAAUGCCUUCCUUGAAGCGUUCUUGGAAGAACCAGGAACCCCUAAUUACAGAAAGGUGAUGAAUUUCUUCCAAUAUUUGAAUGACGCGAACAUAAAGCCUGAUUUGUCCACUUAUGGGUUGAUCACAAAAAUAUUUCUAAGAGAAGAAGAGGGCCGUAAAUUUGUUGCCGUGUUGACUGGUGUACUUGAGCAAAUGCAAAUGAGUGGUAUACCUAUUACGCUGAUGGUGGAACACUUAAACUUUACACAGAAAGAGCGACAAAAUCUAAUCCAGAUGCUAAAAGGGGAAGGCAAUAUCCUCUCAGCCGCACAGCAAGAAGAAUUAUUGGAAUCAAUUAGAAAUAUCUCAGUUGAUGAAGAAGAAGAUGUCGAGCAACCAAUGGAAGCAGGCUCAGCCCCCAUCGCUAUUGAUGCCAUUGGUGUGAGAUUAAUGAAGGAGCAACUCGUAGCCGUGAGCGAGAGGGAUUUAACCGAUUUCGAACGACAAAUGAAGUUGGAAGAGAAUGCAUAUCAAGCAGCCAUAGAGCGGUGGCAGGUCAAAACGGAUGAAAUGCUCAAACGCGGUAUAGGGUUUAAAAUCAAGAAAUUGACCGAACUCAAGGAAAUUCUCUGGGAUUGGCACACCAAACUCGUUCCUCUUAUCGCAGAAGAGCUCGAACGAGUCGAAAUCAUGAAAGAUGACCCUGAACGCAAACAAUACGGUCCAUUUCUUCGUUUACUCAAGGCAGAGAAAUUGUCGUCUGUCACUAUUCUUGAAUUGAUGAGAUUACAAACAAUCAGCGGAUAUACUAAUGGAAUGAAGACGGCAGCCACGGUCAUUUCCGUAGGCAAGGCAGUUGAGAACGAGUACAAUGCAGAACAGAUCAAGAAGAAGAAUAAUAGGAAGAUGAUAGAGCGUGAUUUGACGAUACAGGCAUUAUAUUCGUCUGGGAAGUUAUUUCACAUGGCCGUCCGUCGAGCAAUCGAAAAGUAUCAGAACGAACAGCUCCCCACAGACUGGAAACCCUCUUGGCCAGUAGCUGUUAAAGCAAAGGUUGGCUCCAUCUUAGUUUCACUUCUAAUAAGCUGCGCAAAAGUCCCAGCUAAAAUCACAAACAGGGCAGCCAAAGAGACCAUACAGGACGAACUACCCGCAUUUUACCAUACCUACGAAUGUAUCAAAGGCAAAAGAAUUGGUAUCAUAAAAUUUGCCGAUAGCUUAAUUGAACUGCUCACCAAAGAUCGUGUCCGCGAUGCCAUACAUCCACGUAUGCUUCCGAUGCUCGUACCGCCCCGUCCAUGGCUAUCACACAAGUCUGGUGGCUACUACAAAACUAAAAACCUUGCAAUGAGAAUUCGCGAUAGCCCUGAACAACGUCAAUAUCUCAGAGAGGCUUCAAAAGCGGGACACUUGACAAAAGUCUUUGCUGGACUAGAUGUACUAGGGUCCACUCGAUGGGCAAUAAACAAAAACGUAUAUAAUGUGGUAUUGGAAGUAUGGAAUAGUAAACAAAGCAUUGGCGGUAUACCAUCUGCCGAGCAAGAUUUAGAAUUGCCUCCGAAGCCUGAUGAUUAUGAUGUUAACGCUAAGGCUAGAAGCGAAUGGAUGAAACAGAUGAGGAAAAUACGUAGCAGAAUUCAGGGUGAUCACUCUGAAAGGUGCUCUGCCAAUUACAAAGUUGAAAUUGCUAGGGCUUUCCUUAAUGAUCCGAUGUAUUUCCCUCACAGUCUCGACUUCCGCGGUCGAGCAUAUACAAUCCCUCCUCACUUUAAUCACCUUGGAAACGACUUGUGCCGUGGUCUUUUAAUGUUCGACGAAGCUAAACGUCUAGGCGAAGAGGGCUUCAACUGGUUAAAGAUUCACUUGGCUAAUCUGGCUGGAUAUGAUAAACAACCGUUCGAAGAAAGAAUAAGGUUCACUGAUGAUCACAUGGAUGACAUUAUAGAUUCAGCCGAGCGACCAUUAACAGGCAAUAAAUGGUGGUUAAAGGCAGAAGAUCCCUGGCAAUGUCUAGCUACAUGCUUCGAAAUAGCAAAAGCAGUGAAGUCUGGCAAACCGCACGAAUAUUUAUCUCGUAUUCCCGUACAUCAGGACGGUACAUGCAACGGACUUCAACACUAUGCAGCAUUGGGCGGUGAUCUAGAGGGCGCCAUGCAGGUCAAUUUAUUUCCCUCAGAAACACCUGCUGAUAUCUACACUGGUGUAGCUACGAGAGUGGGCCAAAUGAUUAAAGAAGAUGCUGAGAAAGGUGAUGAGAAUGCUAAUAUCCUAAGUGGUAUAAUAAACCGUAAAAUUGUCAAGCAGACUGUGAUGACCAAUGUAUAUGGAGUGACGUUCGUAGGUGCUCGCACACAAAUCUCAAACCGUCUGCGAGAAAUAAAAGGCUUACCCGAAGAUAAAAUUGAUGUUCUUGCUGGAUAUAUCGCCAAGAAGGUCUUUCUAUGUUUGGGCGAAAUGUUUUCCGGAGCUCGAGCUAUACAGGAUUGGCUGAAUGAGUCUGCGGAGUUAAUAUCAAAAAGCGUUCCUCCUGACGUUGUUAUGAAGUCUGAACACGAAAUGCGGGCUGAAGAAGAAAAUGAAGAAAUAGAUUUUGAUAAUGAGGACGAUCCAGUAUUGGCUGGGCCCAAGAAACGAUCAGUAAUUAAAAUUUCUCCUACGCAAGCCAAAUCUAACCAAAUGACAGCCGUGGUGUGGACAACGCCCCUAGGACUGCCCAUAGUCCAACCAUAUCGCAAGUUAGGCAGGAAGUCGAUAAAAACUAACCUUCAAACUAUAAUGGUUCAGGAUCCGACUAAUCCUAGUCCCGUUGAUAGUGCUAGGCAACGUUCAGCUUUUCCGCCCAACUUCAUUCAUUCUCUUGAUGCUACUCAUAUGCUUAUGUCUGCUUUAGAGUGUAAAGUGAACAAUUUGACAUUUGCUGCCGUACAUGACAGUUACUGGACACAUGCAUGUGAUGUAUCCAAAAUGAAUAAGAUUUUACGCGAACAGUUCAUAGCCCUUCACCGUGAACCCAUAAUGGAAAAUGUGCGAAAUGAAUUCGUCGAACGUUAUAAGGGAUAUAUAGUACCGGUAUCUAUGACGCUAGAAGAAUUCGAAAAGCGCAACAAAGAAGCAGCAAUCCGAAACAACAUAAAAGCAAUAGAAAUUAUUGAAAAAGAAAUAAUAGAAGAGAUGGAAGAGACACCCACACUAGAUGCAAUUGAGGACAUAGAAGGGCUCGAUUUAAUGCUAGCAGCCGAUCCGAUUGAAUCGGACUUGGAUGUUGAAGCAUUGGCUGUAGAUGAUGAGACAGACAUUAAUUUAAUUAUGGACGAUGAAUAUGAAGACGCAAAGACAACAAAGGUAGGGGGUCCAAGAAAAACGAACGUCAAGAAAUAUGUACAUAUGUGGGAGGAGAUCUCAUUUCCUCCGUUACCUCCGAAAGGUAGUUUUGAUAUAGAAUGUGUGAGGAAAAGCAAAUAUUUUUUCCAUUAA